AUGGCAUGCUCAAAAGUAUUGUUAGGAAAUUGUCCCGAAUUAACAGAUGAUAUUAUUCAAUAUUUUCGGGAUGAUAUUCCAACAUUAAAUUCAUGUAUUUUGGUUAAUAAAUUUUGGUGUCAAAUUGCGAUUCCAUUAUUAUGGAAAGAUCCGUUUUCAAUGAAUAAUCCUAAAAAUUUUCACUUUAUUGAAAUUUAUUUACAAAAAAUAAAUGAAAAAGACAAAACACAAUUAAAUAGAUGUGGAAUUAAUAAUAAUAAAGCUCAAAUUGUAUUAGAUUCAGUCAAAAUUUUCGGACAAAACCUUAAUUAUUUUUCCAUAUAUGUUUCUCUUUCUCAUAAUGAAACAAAUGAAUCUAUAAUGGAAAUGUUUUCAAGAUUAGUACAUGUUCUUCCUUGUAAGUUGGAAUAUUUGAAUUUACAUUUUAAUUAUCAGAUUAGAAAAAAUGUUUGGGAAGUAUUUUUAAAAAAUUUAAAACAUAUUUUUAUUAAGAAAUUAUUAUUCAAAAUUAAUAAUUUAUUUGAUGAUAUUUUACCAUAUAUAAAGGAAUAUAUUAUGAAAGAACAAAGGACUGAAUAUUUAGCUAUUGAAGGACGUAUAGAAACCCAAAGUAAAUACUACUAUAGUAUAGAUUGGGAUAAAAAAGAGUUGUUACUAUGA